AGGAUGAUUGCUGAUAUGUCUCGAAAGUCAGAUUGUUGGGGUUUCCCCUAAGUUCUGUGUAGGACCAGUAAGGAUUCUGAGUCAUAAAGUAGUCAGAAGGGGUUUAGAAAUUACUUUCUUCAAACGAAUUUCCAGCUUACAGGUCAUGUUUUCUUUUUCCUUUCUGUCUUUUACAUGUGAAUGAUCACUUAUAAAUAUGUAGACUACUAGUUUCUGAAUCAUGUUAGUUCAGCUUAUGAUUAUUGCAUCUUUAGGAAUUGGUUUGUGUAUAUGUUUAUACAGUGGGUCAUGUGGUUUCUUGAAAAUCCGGUCAUCUCUGAUCUCUGGGCAGCCAUCGUGUGUGGCUGUGUCAUUUUUGCGUUUCUUGGCCUAUGGAAAGAAACUGCUUGGCGAGGUCUUGAUCAGAAACUGAACAGAAAGCUCGUGCAUAUAAGUAUUGGGCUUGUUUUCAUGCUUUGCUGGCCCUUGUUCAGUUCUGGGCAUCGAGGAGCAAUUCUAGCAUCUCUUAUUCCCGGUGUCAAUAUAAUCCGAAUGCUUGUCUUGGGUCUUGGAAUAUUGAAAGAUGAAGCCACAGUCAAGUCAAUGAGCAGAUAUGGAGACCACAGAGAACUUCUUAAGGGACCCUUGUACUACGCAGCAACAAUAACGUCGGCAUGCGUAAUAUAUUGGAGAACUUCCCCCGUUGCCAUUGCAGCAAUAUGCAACCUGUGUGCAGGAGAUGGCAUGGCCGAUAUAAUUGGAAGACGCAUUGGCAGAACAAAAUUACCUUACAACAGAAACAAGACAGUAGCUGGUAGUGUUGCAAUGUUCACAGCUGGGUUUUUAGCAUCUAUUGGGUUUAUGUACUACUUCGCAUUAUUUGGUUAUAUUCAGGGGAGUUGGGGUAUGAUUCUGGGUUUCUUGGUUGUAUCUCUUGCAUCAGCAGUGGUGGAAUCACUGCCUAUAAGUACUGAGCUCGAUGACAAUCUGGCAGUUACUCUAACUUCCAUAUUGGUGGGCAGUGUUGUAUUCUGAGUGGGAAUCUCAGUACCAUCUACACAAAGAAAGUAGUAAUGAGGAAGUUCAAUAAGGAAACAAGGAAAAAAUUAGGGAGAUGAGUGGGAGAAAGGGAAGGGGUAGUAAGGAGAUUCUUGUAUUUUAAGGGCAGUAUAAUACAUACUGGUAGAAAUGUAUAUUUUUUUCCUUUUUCUUUCAGACCCAUUAGACAGGGAAGGUGCAGUUAAUGGAGAUAAUAGGAAUUCCUCUUUCUUAGGAGCACAGAAUUGAAAACAUUUGCUACUGAGCAAGAAGGCAGAGGCUGUGCCGGCUGACACAAGGGUCUUUUGCGGGUAGAUCUGUAUUUGUAGUUGAUAUAUAUGUAUCCAAAAUGUAGCUGUUCUACUAUUAUUGUUAACUUAUGUAGCUUCUGAAACCUAUGAUAAAUGAAUCUGAAAUCCAUUUGUAAAUGAGUUCA